CGCCCUCCUUCCCACUUUCCGUUCCUUCCUUCUAUUUUCAUGCAUUCUCAGCAGAAACGCUGACACUGAGAGCAGACAACCAAAAUGGCGUCCCUAGCUCUCACAUCCUCUUCUUCUUGCUCUCUUGCCUUCAAUUCUUUCCCUUCUCACAAGUCUCGCUCUCUCUCCCACCUCAGAUCCACUCCAAAUCGCGUUCCUUCCCUCCCUAAACUCACUGCUAAUACCAGAUUUCCUCCCUCCAAUUAUUUCCUUCCAAAAUUCUCCAAAUCCAAUGCAGCCACCGCCACCGCAAUCUUUCAGAAAUGGAGAAUUUUGAACUUAACGGUCAAAGCAUCCGCCGCCGCAGCAGCAUCACCUGCCUCUUCUGUUUCUUCCUCACAGCCAUGGCAGGGCGCUGCUAUCAAGCCAUUACUUGCGUCAAUAGCCACAGGUGUUAUUCUGUGGUUCGUUCCCGUUCCGUCUGGAGUCUCGAAGCCUGCUUGGCAACUACUCGCCAUUUUUCUUGCCACUAUUGUCGGCAUCAUCACGCAACCUUUACCUCUCGGCGCCGUAGCCUUGAUGGGUUUGGGUGCUUCAGUACUCACCAAAACCUUAACUUUCUCCGCUGCAUUUUCAGCUUUCGGCGAUCCGAUCCCUUGGUUAAUUGCUCUUGCUUUCUUUUUCGCUCGAGGAUUUAUUAAGACUGGACUUGGAAACAGAAUAGCUUAUCAAUUUGUAUCGCUUUUUGGAUCUUCUUCGUUGGGUUUAGGUUACAGUCUCGUGUUUAGUGAAGCUUUACUAGCGCCUGCAAUUCCUUCAGUUUCUGCUAGAGCAGGAGGGAUCUUUUUACCGUUGGUGAAAUCUCUGUGUGUUGCUUGUGGUAGCAAUGCUGGUGAUGGUACAGAGAAUAAGCUUGGCUCGUGGUUAAUGUUAACUUGUUUCCAAACAUCAGUGAUUUCUUCUUCCAUGUUCUUGACUGCCAUGGCAGCUAAUCCUUUGAGUGCCAAUUUAACAUUGAAUACGAUCAAGCAGACAAUUGGGUGGACAGAUUGGGCUAAGGCGGCGAUUGUGCCUGGAUUGGUGUCUUUGCUUGUUGUGCCUUUGCUUUUGUAUAUAAUUUAUCCGCCCACGGUGAAGAGCAGCCCGGAUGCGCCUAAGUUGGCUAGGGAGAAGUUGGAGAAGAUGGGGCCAAUGACCAAGAAUGAGAUUAUUAUGGCUGGCACUCUGCUUCUUACGGUGGGCCUAUGGAUUUUUGGAUCAAAGCUGAAUGUAGAUGCUGUUACUGCUGCUAUUCUUGGAUUAUCUGUCCUCCUUAUCACUGGUGUGGUGACAUGGAAGGAAUGCUUAGCUGAAGCAGUAGCCUGGGAUACCCUCACAUGGUUUGCUGCCCUUAUUGCCAUGGCUGGGUAUCUUAAUAAGUAUGGUCUGAUCUGUUGGUUUAGCCAAACUGUAGUUAAGUUUGUUGGUGGACUGGGUCUUUCGUGGCAGAUGUCUUUUGGCAUUUUGGUUCUUCUGUACUUCUACUCUCACUACUUCUUUGCCAGUGGAGCAGCUCAUAUUGGUGCCAUGUUUACAGCAUUCCUGUCCGUUGCCAGUGCUCUAGGUACUCCACCAUAUUUUGGAGCCAUGGUUCUGUCAUUCCUUUCCAACCUCAUGGGUGGCCUUACACACUAUGGCAUUGGAUCUGCACCUGUUUUCUAUGGUGCGGACUACGUGCCUCUUGCCAAAUGGUGGGGUUAUGGGUUUCUAAUAUCUAUUGUCAACAUAAUUAUCUGGCUUGGAGUUGGAGGGGUUUGGUGGAAGGCCAUUGGUUUGUGGUAGAGGGGUGGUUUUGAAAAUCUUCCGACCUCAAUCUUCUUAUUACUCUGAUUCUGUUAGCUCUUGGAUGGGGUUUUGACUUUCUGGUUUUCAGUCCAAAUGAGAGAAUGUUAGUGUCGUUUCUGAUUCUUUGUCAAAGAAAUAAUAUUUGGUUGGAGAACAUGGAUGGAAAGAUUAUAUGUAUACCCAUGGACUGUUUUAGAGCAGAAAUUAGAAUUUGUACCUGAAAUUUUGACAUGGCAUUGCAAAUUUGCAAAUGCCUACAAUUCAUGAUUCAUAACACAGUGAUUAGUCAUAUGCCCGAA